UAUUUCAAAAGACAUUAUGUUCAAUUUGUUACGUGUUCAAGUCUGGUGUACAUUAGGCUUAAGUAUUGUUUUAACCCAAGAACCCGUGACUAAUCUCCCACAAGGCCGUAUUGUUGGGAUAAAAGCUUACAUAGAAGGGUCCAACACGCCAAUAGAAAUAUACUAUGGUGUUCCGUAUGCAACGCCCCCAAAAGGAAGAUACAGAUUUUCGGCUCCAGAACGGCACACGGGUUGGAGACGAACAUUUUUUGCCCAUAGGAUACCUCCGCAUUGCCCCCAUAUUGGAGACGACGACAAAGACAAUUACAGCGAAGAUUGUCUUUAUUUAAACAUUUGGACACCUCGGCGCUCAGAUGGUAAAACUUUACCAGUGGUUGUGAUAUUAUUCAGUGAAUCGUGGAUAAAAGGUGGUGUAUCUCUUCCUUGCCAAGAAUUAGCAGCCGAGGGGAUAGUGGUAGUCACAGUGAUGUAUCGAUUACACCUACUUGCAUUUUUUACUUUGCGCACUAUAGCUGCUAGGGGUAAUCUUGCAUUGUUGGAUCAAUACUUGGCAAUGCUCUGGAUUCGUGACAACAUUGCAGCAUUUGGUGGAGAUCCUACUGCAAUCACUUUACUUGGACACUCCGCCGGUGCUGAUAGUGUACUGCAUCAUAUUACUUCACCACGAUCUCUUGGUUUAUUCCGAAGAGCAAUCAUUAUGUCACCGUUUGAUAUUUGGAAAAUAAUUGGCGAAAAGGUUGUUGAAGUUACUCAGGUUGAACGAAUGUCUCGUGAAAUUGCAAAGGCACUCGGCUGUAACGGUGACACAGAUCACGAAAUUCUCCAUUGUAUGCGAGAGCGCCCUUUGUCGGAAUUAAUGUCAUUAUAUUCGAACGAUUCCUGGAAUAGAUUUAUGCAACCGAUUUCUGACGAUUUUUUACCAGAAUCUGAACAAUUUUUGCCGAAUUCAAUAAUGUCUGGCUUGACAAAUCCAGCAACCAAAAUACAACUCGAUGUUCUUCUAGGCGCGAAUGAUCUCGAGGCUUUAAAUAAUAAUGUUAUGAAAUAUGAAGAAUUAAUGAAGCAAGGAAACCUUUACGCGAAAAACAAAGUAAUAAUCGAAAGUCUUCGUUUGUUCUCUUUGGAUCGAUCGGAAAUGUUACCCCUGUUAGUGGAAGCCGUACGUUGGGAAUAUUGGAACAAUAAAACAAGAAAUGUAAAAGAGGUACUUGGUAAUGUGGAAUUUCUGGGGCGAGUUGAAUCUGCAGCAAAAUGGAACUCGGGUAUCGUACUGAUUGCAGCUCGUUUGGCGAAGAGAGUUAGGCGCCUCUUUGUUUAUAGAUACUCACAACCAGCUGGAGUUGAUCUAAAAGGACAACAGUACAAUUUUACUGGAGCAGUCCACGGAUCCGAUUUAGUGUCUCUAUUAGGAGAUGCAUUAAUGCUCCAGGUAGCCCGACGACCCCCUACAAAAGAAGAAAAGAGAGUUUCGUUUCUCUUACGAAGACAUUUAAUUAACUUCAUUCAAUUUGGUUCACCUGGAGAAGAAUCAAUCUGGCAACCCUACAAAUCAUCGGACGCCAACGUAUAUGAUAUCCACGAUACGAAAAAUUCCUAUCCUUACUACCAUAGUGCUGAAAGAGAUGUCAGAUUUUGGCUUCAGUAUUUGCCACAACUGAACAUUAUUUUGGAUACUGCAGAGAAAACAGGAAAACUGACAGACGAGAAAGAUGAAAAUCGACUCAGAGGCGGUGUUCUUGCUAUGUGUGGUGUGACAAUAGUACUUUUGCUACUUCUCGUUAUUUGUGGUAUAAUAUUACAUAGACAAAAGUCACGUAGAUUUACCGUCGUUGAUGAGAAUCAUCAUUAAGCAACGUGCAAGCUGGUACCAUAUUAUUAUGGUAGUUGCGCAUUAAAAUGAGUUUGUUGUUGCUCGAUUUUGGUACCUACAUAUCUACAAAACAUACACAAUAUUAUAAUCGUACUAAUAUUAUAAAUGUGAAUGAUUGUGAGUUUAUUUAUUUUUUAAUAUGGGAUGUUUUAGUCUGUUGCUGAAUCACGUCAAAACGGCUGUAGAGCCUUCUUAUUAUUCGGGGCCUUACUAUUGGAAUAGUUAAAAAUUGUAUAUAAAUAGAGGUAUAUAUAUAUAUAUAUCUAACAUUGCUUUAAUAAUUGCAGAUUUGUAAAAAUCAAAAAAAUAAAACUUGUUAAAAUCCAUGUAAUAUGUCCCCAGACGUAGGUAGAUCUAUUUUUCGGAUCGGACAUAGGGCCUUGGCGCUUGCAGUAUAUUUUUGACCAUAAAAAUGUGAAUAAUAAAAUCUUUUUGUCCUUGUAAAAUAUCUGAUUAUUUUACUUUUGUUCAUCAGCGCGGUUUAUCAGCAGUUUAUCAACUCUUGACUGCAACGGUAGUUGCUCAAUGUUUAUAAAAAAAUUUAGUGGUUUAUAAAUAAACACGUUGAAAAAAGGCAGACGCAAUGUUUAUAAAGAUUAUAAAAAUAUAUAAUACUUAAAGUUUUUUUUAAACUUACAGACGUGAUAUACUAUUUUGAAAUCAUCUGGAUGACCUUUUUAAUCUGAUACCCAUAUUGCAAUAUUUGAAGAAUUUGACAUUUUUUUAGGUAGGUUACUUUAGCGUCUGACAGUUAGCAUGUUUGUUUAACACAUAAACUCGUGUUUCCCGGUUUCCAAGAAUUAAAUAAUCAACAAAAACUAUUUUUUAUUAAUGUUGUAAUAUGUUUAUUGAUAAGAAUUUAGGAUAUAUAAAUAAAUAUAUACAAAACUAAAUUUGGUAAACAAUUCCAGAAAUAUUAUAAAUGCAAAAUAUUUCCAAUUAUACAAUUCACCCUGCAUUGUAUGGACGACGUCGUAUUGGGUAUCGUGACACGUCACGACGUCGCGACGUUUUACGAAGCUCGUCGUAAAUUACCACAACGCGAUGUCGUAUCGUGUUUAUGUGUACCGGCCCUUGGACUUGGGUU